AUGAAUUCCUCGAAUGUUAUUAAGAUACGCAAAUAUAAUCCUGAUUAUAUAAAAUAUGGGUUUAUUUGUAUUGAUAAAGAUGGAUUUGAAAGCCAAAAAUGUGUUGUGUGCAUGAAAAUUCUGUCACACAAUAGCAUGAAACCAACAACUCUUGUGAGACACUUGCGCACAUGUCAUCCCCAUCUAAUCCACAAAAAUAAGGAUUAUUUUAUUUCUUUGCGUAAAAUGAUGAAAAAUCAAGUAUUGACUCGUUUCAUACAAACUUUGCCUUCUGAUAAUUCCAUGCUAUUAGCAUCUUACAUGAUCUCAUUACGUAUAGCGAAAGAAAAGAAACCUCAUAAUAUUGCCGAAAAACUGAUUCUUCCUUGUUGUAAAUACAUAGUACGUACUCUUAUUGGCACUCAUGCUGAAAAUAUGAUUUCGGAAAUACCAUUAUCGAAUGAUACUGUUCAUCGACGAAUUUCUGAAAUGUCAGAAAAUAUUAAGUGUCAGUGCUUUUUUGAUGAAGUUAACACUGUGGAAAGAAAAAAAUUGAACGAAAUUGAUUUGAAAUUAAUUCGUACACCAUUCAGUGUUGAUCCACGUUUGGUCGAUGAAAAUAUCGAAGAGGCUUUUAUUGACAUGAUCAAUAAUUCAAACGCAAAAGAUUUGUAUGAAAAACUUGCUUUAUCAAGAUUUUGGUGCGAAAUGUGUAAGCAUUAUCCUUCCGAACAGGCUAUAUCAAUUCUAUCAGAAUGCGGCGUAGGGAGUUGUGGACCUCGAGCAUUUUAUGGAACAUUAGGUAAAAUACCUACGCAAUACAUUAUAGAAUGCCAUUUACAAUUGGAAGAAGAAUUUGCUUUAUUUAUGGGAGCAGAGGCAGCUAUUCUUUAUUCAUACUCUUGUUCUGUUAUUAUAAGUGUGCUUCCCUCGUGCAUACACAGUGAUGAUGAUGUGUUUUUGGACGAAUCGUGUUCUCAAUGGAUCGCGUUUGGUGCCAAAACAUCUCGAGGUCGCAUUCAUUUCUACAGACACCACGAUUGGGGCCAUUUGGAACAGUUGCUAGCCGCAAGCCUUUCUCCGGGCAAGUUCAUAGUGGCAGAGGGCGUUAAUCAAAAACAUAUGGACAUUCCUGAUCUCCCCACACUUAUCAGAUUGAAAUACAGAUACAAAGCAAGGAUCAUAUUGGAUGAGAGCUAUUCUAUUGGUGUAAUAAAUCAGAGAGGACUUACUCAACUUUUUGAAUGUGAUGUAGAUCAUUAUAUUAUGACUUUGACAGAUUUCCCAAAUUGA